UUUUUAUCCUUUAAAGCUCUAAUCCCAACUGUGAUAGAGAGUGAGACCCAUGAACACCAACAGUUGGGUUACAAACUCCCCACCUUGCUUGGAUCAUUGCCUCCAUAUAUUUUAACAGUUAACAGUGACCCACACAAUUAUAAAUUAAACAAAUUAAAGGAAGAAAGAUUAAAGUGGAAAGGAGCAGAAAAGAAAAUGGAAGCGAACUUUCGCUUUCAGCGUCUCGUUUGUUCCAGCCAUGGACUCUCCUGCUAAAUCUAAAAGCGAUUUCCUCUCCGUCUCCACGAUCCGCUCUCCCUUCUGGGUUUUCAGUUCGGCUGCAGAAUGAGUAGUUCGUCAGUGGUUGUGCAUUUCAGAUGCUUAACUGUUUGUCUAUGAGUUCGGAUAUACUCUUUGGUUGUAUUUGUGGUGGGUAACAAGCUGUCCCUUUGGGUCUCCAUGGGUUGAGGUUCAUUUGUGGUACUAAAGAAAUUUUCUUCUAGGCGGCUACUGGCUGCAUGGGAGGAUUAUUGCAUCUUUUUGACUUUAAUCAGGGCAGCAUGGCAAGGAAAAUUUACUCACAAAAGAGGCAUGUCGAUGGCCUAGAAGCUCCUCGAAACAGCUUGGAACUACCCAUAGAAACUUCACAGAGCUAUUAUGCCAUGGGUGACAGCGUACUGUACACUAAUCAAGUGAAAGAGGAAUGGUCUGAAAAGAGUCAUUAUCCAACCAAGGCUUCAAUGAAGAAGUUGAUCAAGGAAGAAAUUUCCAAACGACCAAACACUAGACAUAAUGCACCAAGCAUUGUGGCCCGUCUGAUGGGCAUAGAUGUGUUACCAUUAGAUACAAAACCAGUAGUUCAGGCAAUUGAAAAGAAAAAUGAAAAUCGAAAAAAAGAACGGAUUGGAAAGGGAUCACUUGCCCAAGCGCCAUUUAACUCAAAUUAUUCCCAAAAGAUGGAUGCUUUUCAGCUCAAGAAAGGCAGUGAUCCUGAUCGAAGCUGCAGUAGCCUGAAGUCAGGAAAACUAAGGCCUCGAGAACAUCCUCAAGAGGAAGAACUUCAGAAGUUCAAGAAAGAUUUUGAAGCAUGGCAAGCAGCCAGGUUUAGGGAAUGUUCCAGGGUUGUUGAGCUUGGCAACAUUCCUAGAUCUUUGCAUGCUCAAAAGAACUUCAACAAUGAAAAAGUGGCCCUUUAUGCAGAUUCUGGAAGAAAAAUAGGUGAGAAGCCAAUAAAACUCAAAGGUAAUCCUGUAAAACCAUGCUCUAAUGAGAGAGGUGGUUCCCAACAUCAUGGUUACAAUUACAAAAAUGAUACUUUUCUGGUUGAUAAAAAUGAAUCUUUUUCUUCAAGAAGUAAAACUAUAAGCAAGGAAUUUGAGAGGUUUCCCCAGCUGAAUUCUGGUAAGAAACUGGAUAAAUCUUCUGCUCCGACUAGGAUAGUCAUCCUGAAACCAGGUCCUGAUAAAAUUGGCAACUAUGAAGAGCCUUGGGCCAGUUCCUCUGGUACUUCAGAAGAAAGAGGCACUAUAGAAGAUUUUCUUGAGGAGGUGAAGGCCAGACUGAAAUAUGAAAUGCAAGGGAAAGCUCUUAGAAGAGGUACUGUGGUCAGAGGAGGUGGAAUUGAGACCCCGUUCAGUGAGAAGCCAUCCAAUCCUAAACAAAUAGCUCAGCAUAUAGCAAAACAGGUAAGAGAAAGUGUUACAAGGGACCUUGGAAUGAAUCUGCUUCGAUCAGAAUCGACAAGAUCAUAUAGAAGUGAAAUUCAGUUCAAUGGACCUGGCUCCCCCGAGUUCAUCAACAGAGAUACUAGAAGAUUCUUGUCAGAGAGGUUGAGGAAUGUUCUAAAGAGAGAAACACAUCAAGACAUCCCUGGUGCUGUUGGUGGGAGCUCAAGAACAUCCAUGCAUGAAGAUGGGUGGGGCAGACUAGAGCAAACUGGAGACACAUCAAAGACUGGAAAUGAGGUAAGCUGCUGGGAGAACGUGAGUGAUGAACAAGAUAUGCAAACUGGAUCUUUCAGAUGUGGACCAGAUGAUGAUGGAGUGCUCCACAGAGAAUUUUCCCCUAGGAACCUCAUUAGAUCAUUGUCAGCUCCAGUAUCUGGAACAUCAUUUGGGAAACUUCUUCUGGAAGAUCGCCACAUCUUGACUGGGGCCCACAUCAGGAGGAAGCAUGAAGCCAUUGAAAAUGUUUCAGUGGAUGUGAAAACACGGAAGAAGGAAAAGUUCAGUUUUAGAGAGAAGGUUUCAAAUUUCAGAUACAGUCUCACUCUUAGAGGGAGGUUGUUUGGCAGAAAGAUUCAAUCAGUAGCAGAAUCAUAUGAUGAACAUGAUUUUAUGAAUGAGAUUAUGAGUGGACCAACAGUUGUAUUGAACCUUGGUGACAGGCAUGAGAACUCCACUGAGGUGCCUCCAAGCCCAGCAUCUGUGUGCAGCAGUGUACAUGAAGAGGUCUGGAGGUCAGCUGAUCCUCUCAGCCCAAUAUCAACUCCGGAUUUAUCUUCAGUAGAAGAUCACAGUAUCCCACAAGUUUUUAGAGAGAUCAGCUCCAAUCUAAAUGAGCUGCGGAGGCAACUGAACCAACUAGAGUCUGAUGAUUCCAAGGACACACCAGUCGGAGAAGAGCCUUCAGAGACCGAACUGGCUGAGUUGGAGGACCAAGCCGAAGCUUACACAAGAGACCUGCUUAUUGCUUCUGGGUUGUAUGAUCAAUCAUCGGACAAAACUUUAUCGAGAUGGGACCCACUUGCAAAGCCCAUCAGCAACCAUGUAUUUGAAGAAGUGGAAGAAUCGUACAAAAAAUUGGUGAGGGAAAAUGAAGGAUCUAUGGACGAACCCGGUGAGAAGCAGGUGGAGCACAAGGUGUUGCUUGAUUUGUUGAAUGAAGCUCUUUGUACGGUACUCGGACCCCCUGUGACCAUGUCUGGCUUCAUGCGCAAGGUCCUUGGUCACACCACGGUGCCACCCCCAUGUGGCAGGAAACUGUUGGAUUGUGUGUGGGAGAUUAUGAGAGUGUACGUGUACCCUCCCACAGACAGAUCACACUACUCGUUCGAGAGUCUGCUGGCUCGGGAUCUCGGGUCUGCCCCGUUUUCUGGAUUGACCAAUGAUGAAGUUAGUGUACUGGGGAAGGAGAUGGAGCACUUGAUUUUUGGAGAUCUGAUUGAGGAAAUUGUGAAGGAAAUACAGUGAUGAUGGUGCAUAUGGUUUGGACUGUUUUGAGGUUUUGACCCUCUUUUUCUGUUUUGAGGGGGGUGGCUUAUACAGCAGGUUUGUGUAUAUAUCACAGAGGAAUAUGCAUAUGAUUCAAUUUGCAUGGAUAUCCAGAACUGGGUAUUCCCAUGUUUGCUUACUGUCGGUCUGGGUGAGCUUUGAGGGGGUUCUGCAUGUUCAUUAUAGGUAUGUGUUUUUUUCUGUGGAUGUAUGUGUUAUAUGAUUUGGGUUAUACAUGAAUGUACAUUCUCUUUUAUGUAUAAUGUGUUAUUAUUGUCAUUCUUUUG